AUGGAGCCACCCCGCGGUUCCAAGCCACCCAAGGACGCCGCUGUUGCCUCGACUUCAGCGAGCACGAAGACCAGACGCCGCUCCACCUCUGGCGCAUCCCGGGACAGAUCGGGACGUGCUGAGGGAGCGAGAAGCUCUUCGCAGCAAGGAGGAAGCGAGACGGGUGCCCCCCGCACCCCGUCGCAGAUCCCCCGCGCCUCACCGCCGCGCCUCACACCCGCGGUCGCCCGCGCUGAGCCCAUCUCGCUCGCGCAGCGGUCGAGCGAAAGAGAUGGUGAGUCAUCUUAUAAGCCCGCCGCACACCCCACCCGGCACGAGGUACAAGCUGGAGGCCAGCUAUACCUUAAAGAGAGCCGCGAAUCUCCGCGCACCUCCGCCAGUACUCCCGCCGCGCCUGUCGCCCGGCCGGAGCAACAGGUAGAUAACGCGGAGCCACGCACCCCCGCCGCGCGCCCGCUCCGUGACGUUUUAGCGUCCUACGAGCGGACCAGUUCGAGCGCAAAGAAAACCCACCAACCCGCUACCACAACCGGCGUGGCGGGUGAGAAAACGAGCAGCGAGCCACACACGCCCGCCGCAAGGCCUGCACGUCGCGACGCCCUUCCGUCGCACACACGGCCAGCUGCGAGUAGUGGGCCAAAAGAAGAUGGGCAACGGUCAAAGCCUGCAGUGGCCAGACCUACCCAAUCUCCGAAAUCCAAACUCGAAGCCGAUUGCCUAAUUUUAUAUCGACUAGAUAAGGCAGGCCUUGGAUCGGAUGAACUCAAGGCCGCCCUGGCCAUACACCUGAAUGACCGCCAGCGAGUACUGGACAAUGAGAAGGUAGAGUCUCCCACAGACGCAGCCUCCGACGAAGAAGACAUAGAGGAAGCCUGCCAACUAGCAGCGCAAACCCCGAUUCCAGCGGUGCAGUACACCGCGCCUCUAAAACGUCAGCGUACCGAAACCGACUUACACCCGGAUCCUAAGCUGGCGAAAACCUCAGGUGAAGAAGCGCUACCACAGCGCGAUCCACGCCUCCGAAGCCGCUCCAGCUGCAUCAUCGGAAUGGACACCGAUGAAAGCGAAUUACCAUCGCAACCGACUCCGACUACGACGCCCGCGCCUCGACCAUCCACGAGUUUCGCUGACGCAGCGCGCCCACGGCAUGAAGAGCAGAAAAAUAGAGACCGAACAAAACCCAGCUCUACAGGCUCUACCGACUCUACCGGCGGACAAGUCCCGCCAGCACAACCACCGCCCAAGAAACCGCGCUACCCACCGCUUGUGGUAGAGCAGCUCCCGAACUGGGCACACCACCUUCGCCAGUUGAAGGAUAAACUUGGUAGAGCACCCAACGCUCGUCCCUUCGGGAGGGGAAUAAAGUUUAUCCCAACCGAAGAAAAUGAAUAUCGCCUACUCCAACGAUAUCUCACAGAAUUGGAGAAAACGGAGAAGAUCUCGUGGUUCUCCUACUCGCUGCCCCAAGACAAAAGUCUGAAGGUAGCGAUUAGGGGAGUUCCAGUUGACACACCACCUGCCGACAUAGAGCAAGAGCUGCGAAACCUGGGCUUUGAGCCGGAGCUGGUCCGAGCUAUUCGAGCCCGUAAAGGACGCCCGGGUUGCAUCUUCCUGGCAAUACUAAAACGGACUCCCGAUACUCUACCGAAGAUCUAUGAGGUGGACGAACUCCUGUGCAUGCCGGGAGUCCGCAUCGAAGCAUGGCGUGGGAAGAAGGGACCCGCGCAAUGCCAUAGAUGCCAAUUGUUCCGCCAUAGCUCCCACAUGUGCCACAGACGACAAGCCUGCGUGCGCUGCGGAGAGGAGCACAGCGCGCACAUGUGCCCACGUCCUCUGGAAGAACCAGCCACCUGCGCCAACUGCGGUGGCCCGCAUCCUGCAAACAACUCCUCCUGCCCUGUAUACCGCAAGAAGGCCAGAAAUAAAAAAGCGGGUACAGUGGCAAGAACGACCACCACACGCGAAGAGGAUCGUCCUGCCCGCUCACAGACUAGGGCGGAAGAAGACGGCGCGCCCAUUGCUCCGGGAGGUUCUAACAUAAGAACCCCAGCAAAUGAGCCCACCGCACGAGGCGCCCCCGUAAAAGGGAAGAAAAAGAAGAAGAAGAACCCUAAGAAGAAAAAACCCCAAGAGGCGACACAGAGCGCCACAACGGCCUCCGCUCCCAAAGAAGCGGCUCCGGGGAGAACGACGACGCGCCCGCAAACGGAACGUAGAGCUGACUCUUCCAACAUCAGUACUCAGUCAGCUCUACAAAUGCUAACAGACGUUCUCCACGCAAUACAAGCAGGCGAAGACGCGACCACCGCAAUCCUCAGAGGAAUAACCCAACUCCUCCAGUCCAAUGCCUAA